AUGAGACUCUUAGAGAAGAUUAAAAUAAACUCCCAACAAAGAUGGAUGGUAUGUUAUAAACUUGGUGGAAAGUAUGAAUGUUCUACGUUAAACCUCAAUAAUAUUGGAACAUUACUACAUCAGCUCUUGAAGGAGAACUUUAUAUCAGAGAUAGAAGCAAAUGCUGCAGGUAUUGUUGAAAUGCACUAUGACUUCUUCUUGACAAACAUAAAGAAUCUUACUGAAAUAAAGAUGUAUGAUUUAACAGAAUAUGAAGGCUUAACAAUGUCAGAUGUAAAGAAAGGCAAACCAAAAAAGAGACCAUAUAGAGAUGAAAGCACACUGACAAAUGACCAGAAAGCCAUUUUGGAAGCUCUUAAGCAAACAGGAAACCCAGCACUUAUAGAAAGCUUUUGGAAAGAUAAUGGUGAAAAGAAGUUUUAUAAGAAGAGAAGCGGUCAGUUCUGGAAGUAUCUUUGCACAUUACCAAAUAAACCAAGAGAAUUUAUUUCACGCUGUAUUCAAGGUGGAAGAUGUAUGCUGUCAGAUAACAUGAAACAAAAGAGCGAAAAGAAACUCAUUGCUGAUUUCGACGCUGUUUCAUUAUAUCCAUCAGCUAUAGCAAGACUUUAUACUUUAGAAGGUAUUCCAAAGGUUAUGAAGAAAGAAAUGUUAAGCACAGAGUAUCUCAUGAGACAUUUAUUCGAUGACGACCAAAAGGAACCCAUUGGUGAAAAGUUUAUGUCUGGCUUCUUUGUUCUCAUUAAGAUAACAGAGAUUGGAAUACAUAGACACUUUCCUUUAAUAGUUUGCGACCCUGAACUAAAUCCAGAACUUAACGUUCCCAGAAGUUCAAACACUUGCUGUCUCAUGUAUGUUGACCAUAUAACAUUACAAGACCUUAUAAAAUAUCAAGGUAUCAAAUGUGAAGUGUUGCAAGGAUAUUACUACGAUGGAAACAGAGAUAUUAGAAUAAGAGAUGAAGUAAAGAAGUUGUUUGAGUUAAGGUUAAAGUAUAAGAAAGAAGGAAAUCCUUUGCAAGAAAAUAUAAAGCUCAUUCUGAACAGUAUUUAUGGCAAAACUAUUCUAUCUCCUAUUGAGUCAAAAAUAACCAUAGUAAAUGACAAAGAUGCUAUAAGAUAUGCCAUCAGAAACUACAACCAUAUAGUGAAGUUCGAAGGUUUGGAUGGUUCAGAUAAAACUAUUUUCAAGCUAACGAAAAGCAUUUGCAGACACUUUAACUUCUGUCCACUUGGUGUUAACAUUCUGUCUAUGUCGAAGAGAAUAAUGUGUGAAGUAUUCUGUACUGCUGAAGAUAUGGGACUUCAAAUAUUUUACCAGGACUGUGAUAGCAUGCAUAUUUUCAAUGAAGACAUACCAAAGCUUGCAACAGAGUUUAAGAAGAGAUACGGUCGCGAACUUAUAGGAAAGAACCUUGGUCAUUUUCAUUCUGACUUCGCAGAAAUAACACCUGGAAAACAAAGUUUAGCAUACAAGUCAAUAUUUUGUGGAAAGAAGACUUACAUAGACUUACUCACGAAUGAUUUAAAUGAAGUUGCAUUUCAUGCACGUUGUAAAGGUGUAAAACAAGACGUUCUUGCUUUAACAGCUAAUGAAAUGUUUCCUGAAGCUAUACAAUGCUAUUACAAUGAAGAUAAGAACAUUCACAUACCUGUUGGAACAUAUGACAAAGACUCUGAGUUCAGUUUAAUGAAACUUUACAAAGCACUUUAUGACGGUCAAGAGAUUGGAUUUGACUUAUGUAAGUCUUCUAGUCCUUGCUUUGCUGAAAAGUUUAACUUCUCAAUAACGACUAAAACAAGCUUUAUUCGUAAGUUGAAGUUCUGA